GUAUUGUUGAUCUCGGAAGAAAAUAUGGAACGCCGUAAACGAAGAUCUCCUGUGGAGGAAUAUAUUGAUUCGCUUAUGGAUUCACCUGAAAAACUUCAGCGUUGUACCAAUUUUUAUCAAAAUUUACGAUCUUUUUAUAGAAGGAAAUGGAAUUGUCCAUUUAAAGCUCCCUAUAUCCAAGGAGUUGAAGUAAACCUUUUUCGAUUGUAUGAUACGGUUACUUCUUUUGGAGGUUGGCAAAAGGUGUCAAUGAAUGAGAAAUGGCGUGAUAUUGCACAAGCUUUAGGCGUUGCAGAAGGUGUAGCGGUGGCCGAACAUGCAGUGAAAGUUUUAUAUAUGAGGUAUCUCUCAAAGUAUGAGCAGAUUGAACUGAUAGGUGAAGUUGAUGAUACCGACUCUGAUAUCAUAACAUCCCGAGGUCGUAGUAAAGGUUGCUCAUCUUUUGCAACAGCUGAUUGUCCGAUCAGCUUGCUGCAUAGGCAGAUCAGCGAUUAUCCUCGACCUUGGUUUGAAAGGAAAGUGGACUCUGAUUAUGAUGGCCUAGUUAAAGGAUUACUUUGCGGUUUACCAAAUGAGGUUGAUUUUGCUGUUAAUAUCUGUACAUUAUUAUCUCAUCCUGGACCACGCGUUCUUCGACUUUCUGCAGCGCCACAGCUAAUGACUUUACUUGUCGCUCAUGUAGGGAUUUUUCCAGAUGAUGAUGGAGCAAUUUAUCACUUAUACGAAGGUUGGAGAGGCGCAUCACAUCGUGAUUUCAUAGCAUUUUGGCGGGGAGCAGGUAUCACUGAUGUGGAAGUACUUUCGUUGAUACCUCAUGUGACAGUAUCCAAAUUUCCGGAAGAUGAAUUGGAUAUGUUCACUGGUUUGGAAAUGGAAUUUGAGCCUAGAAAUGUUGUAUCCUGGCGAAUUCAACAAAUUUUGUCCAUAAUGAGAAAUUUAUCAUUUGAAAUUAUCAAUAAAUCGGUGAUGGCCUCAAAUUGGCCUCUUCUUAAAUUUUUGUUCAUAUGUUCAAAUUGUAAAUGGAGUGCUUUACGUGCCGCAGCACUUGAUACUUUAAGUAAUAUAGCGUGUGAAAUUGAUCUAACAAGCGAAGAAUUCUCAAUGACCAAUCAUUUAUUGUUGAAAACUGUUUCGCAAUGCCUUCAUUCCUCUGACAAGUUUAUGGUGAUACGUGCCCUUGAAGUACUUGCGGGAUUGUGCAAUAAUGAAUGUAACGAAUCUCUUCUUUGUGAAUUUCUCAAUACUCGUAUUCUUGGGAAAAUAUUUGAUGCAAUUUGUGUUAAAGAUGUUAUGAUUUGUGUUUAUACUUUGGAAGCAUUAUAUCAGAUUUCUGAACUUGGAGCGACAGCUUGUCAUCAAUUGUCGCAUUAUCCACAUGCAAUAAAUAUGCUUAUAAAUCUUGCAACUGUUGAAGCUGUAUCGUUCGCCCCAACUGGUCUUACAGGAAUGAAAGUCGUUGAAUUCCAUGGGCCGUCUCAUACUGCAACAUCUCAAAAUCAUUCUACAUCUCACGUGACUCGUCCUGCCAGUUUCGUUCCACCAUCUAACACUGUUACAAAUCAGACUCCUCCAAGAAGUGUUGUAGCUACUCACUCAUCACAGUCACGUGCUUUAUUACCAACAAUUCCUACCAUCGGAGAUACUAAAGUUGAACAACUUACUGCGAAAUGGAUAAGAUUAAAUUGUUUAUUGGAAGCGGGCAAUAUCAUUCCGCGCGGUGAACUUUAUGCAUGUUAUGUUGAAGAUUUGCGUAAUAAUUAUAAUGCUUUGUCUGGAUCAGUGCAAAUGUUUACUAAUAUUAUCAAAGCGAUUUUUCCAAGUGUUGUUGUACGAGUUGCUCCUAACACGAAUUCGAUGGUGUUUGAAAAUUUAAAAUUAAUGAAAAGUAAUGUACAAAAAAAUGCUGCUACUAGUGGUAGAACAAAUAUUGCUCAUAAAACAAGCAGUGCCAUAGCAGCUUCUCAUCCUGUCAUGAAGAAAAUGCUCAGUGAAAAUAAUAUGAGCGGUUCAGCUGUGAAUGGUCGUUUAACUACUUCACCAGCAGAACAGAAACAGGAUAUUGGCAUCAGUCAUUCCAAUUCGCCAACAGCAAGUGUUUCUGAAGAUAUACCUCGACCAAAUCCUUUGGUUAAUUCUAGCUCUCAGAAUUCUACCGUUGAAGUUAAUUCUGCUGGCACAUCGAUGACAGUACCGAGCUCUUUUCCUGUUCCAAACAAGGUUCAAUUGGAGGUAUGUCGUGCUGCUGUUGAGGCUCGCGAUGUUAUUUCGGAUGACGAUCAUCAUGAAGCGAAAAUCGUACGGAUAGAAAAUACUGGUCUUAAAUCGUCUGCAACCACUUCAGAACCAGCUACAUCAAAUGUUAAUAGUAACCCAAAAUCAUCUGUCGAAAUGGUUAACUUUAUUACGUAUAAAAAUAUGUGA